AUGGAGAACCACGAGAUCCGCGGCGAGGAAGCCCCAGCCACGGCCGCCGCCGUCGCUGACGGCGGCAGCAGCCUGCUGGGCGCCACGCAGCAGCUCAUCGAUCACGAGGGCGGUCCACUCCAGCCCGCGGCCGCGGCCGGGCAAGGCGGAGGCGGCCUCCGCGGCGCCCUGCAGCAGCUCAUCGAUCUCAGGGACCGCCGCCUGCAGGCCGCGAGCUUCUUCCUUGUCUGGGGCUACUGCGUGCUCAUCAACGCCACUGUCCUGAACCCCGCCACCAACCUCGAGCACAAGUUCGUGGGCUUCGUCAUCCUCGUAACCGGCGCCUGGCUCGCUCUUCUCACGCUCGCCGGGGCCGGUGCAGGGCGGGCUGCGGCGCGUGCAGAGAGAUUUCUCAGGGGAUUGUUCUUCUAG